GUUUCGGAGAGGGACCUUGAAGAUGAAUUCCGUGUUUAUGGUGUUAUUCGAAGUGUCUGGGUUGCUAGGAGACCACCUGGCUAUGCUUUUAUUGACUUUGAUGACCGCAGAGAUGCGCAGGAUGCUAUUCGCGAAUUAGAUGGGUUUUCCUCAACUCUACAUAUUUAAGUCUUCUUCUACUUCUGCAUUGUAAAUCUGUUAUGCAAGCAGCUCUACGUAGUGGUUUUUUCGUUAGUCUUCUUCAGAGUCUGCUGCUUUGUACACUUUGACUUCAUGUAAAGCGAAUUAACAAUGUGAACAGAGGAUUUGCACUGCUUUGGGGUGUUAUCUCGCAAGCUACACUUCUCUUGCAUAAUGGCUUUGUUUUAUGAGAUGUGUGCUUCUGCAAUUAACCUGUGGCCCAUGUGAGUGCUGCCUGUAUAUAUGUCCCUCUGAGCAACCUGUGCUCCGAUUAGUUGUUGUCGAUCAGUGGUUUAAUAACUUCUGUAAAUAUUAUGGUAAGAAUGGCUGGAGGGUAGAGCUCUCUCACAAUUCUAGAAAUGGUGGUAGCGGUGGAGGUGGAGGAGGAGGAGGCGGUCGUGGUCGCGGAGGUGGUGGCGGUGGUUCUGAUUUGAAGUGUUAUGAGUGUGGUGAACCUGGCCAUUUUGCUCGUGAAUGUCGCAAUCGUGGUGGUGGUGGAGGAAGACGCCGUAGCCGUAGUCCACCUAGAUUUCGAAGGAGUCCAAGUUAUGGGCGAAGGAGUUACAGUCCUCGUGGGCGGUCACCCAGGCGCCGCAGUGUGUCACCUCGUGGACGCAGCUACAGCAGGUCACCACCUCCUUACCGUGGGCGCGAGGAGGUGCCAUAUGCUAAUGGAAAUGGCAUUAGGGAUCGACGCAGAAGCAGAAGUUAGAUUCAGUAACAGCAAUUAUUGAGAGAAUAGUGAGAUUUUGUUCAUGAAGUGGUGCAUGGAUUGCAAUAUGAGUCUGUUUAGUUGGGCGGACCUAAGUUUUACUACUGUGUUGGAUUAGUUUCUUUUAUCUUUGCAGUAUACUUGUAGUUUCAUUGCAGAUAACCGUCUAUUUUAAUUGUUUGCUACAAUUUUCCAGAUCUUUCUAAAGUAUAUGAUCGUCUCAUGUGAUGACGUUUCUUUUGGUUC